AUCCUAAGGGGGCGGGCAUAGCGGAAGGCGGGCCAAGCAGAAUGCGGCCCCGGGCGCGUGUGGAUGACGUCACCUGGCGCGUGCCGGUGUAGCCCGUAGUAACCCCGAGUCUGCGGAAGUGGUGACCCGUGGGACGCGGCUGAGACAGGAAACUGAAAGGUGUGGAACCAUAAUUUGUGACAUCAGUUGGUUUUUUGAUAAGCAGCUAUUUAUGAUUCUGGAAGAUUAAGGCAGAUAGGAAACCCCAUCUGAGAUUUUAAUAAAUCCCUCAAACAAUAAACCACAUCAUGGACAUACAGCUGGACCCUGCCAGAGAUGACCUGCCUCUCAUGGCCAACACCAGCCACAUACUUGUGAAGCACUAUGUACUGGAUUUGGAUGUGGAUUUUGAAAGUCAAGUCAUUGAGGGGACCAUAGUGCUUUUCCUCGAGGAUGGAAACAGAUUCAAGAAACAGAAUAGCUCUAUCAAGGAAGCCUGCCAAUCAGAAUCAAACAAAGCCUGCAAAUUUGGGAUGCCUGAACCCUGCCAUAUUCCUGUGACAAAUGCAAGGACCUUCUCAUCUGAAAUGGAAUAUAGUGAUUUUGCAAUCUGUAGUAAAGGUGAAAAAGAUACUUCUGAUAAAGAUGGUAACCAUGACAACCAGGAACAUGCUUCUGGGAUUUCUAGCUCAAAGUACUGCUGUGACACAGGGAAUCAUGGGAGUGAGGAUUUUUUGCUAGUGUUGGACUGCUGUGAUUUAUCUGUGUUAAAAGUCGAGGAGGUGGAUGUUGCUGCUGUGCCAGGUCUGGAAAAAUUUACAAGGUCUCCUGAGCUCACGGUUGUUUCUGAGGAGUUCAGGAAUCAGAUUGUACGUGAACUUGUGACUUUGCCUGCAAAUCGCUGGAGGGAGCAGUUAGACUAUUAUGCUUGCUGCAGCCAGGCUCCUGGCUGUGGGGAUCUCCUCUUUGACACUGACACUUGGAGCUUGCAGAUAAGGAAGACGGGGGCUCAGACAGCUACUGACUUUCCUCAUGCUAUCAGGAUAUGGUACAAAACUAAACCUGAAGGGCGAUCAGUUACAUGGACCUCAGACCAGAGUGGCAGGCCAUGUGUUUAUACUGUGGGAUCUCCCAUAAACAACAGGGCCCUUUUUCCAUGCCAGGAGCCACCCGUUGCCAUGUCAACAUGGCAGGCUACAGUUCGAGCAGCUGCAUCUUUUGUUGUUUUAAUGAGUGGGGAAAAUUCUGCCAAACCAACGCAGCUUUGGGAAGGGUGCUCAAGCUGGUAUUACUAUGUAACUAUGCCAAUGCCAGCCUCCACCUUCACAAUUGCAGUGGGAUGCUGGACAGAAAUGAAGAUGGAGACCUGCUCAUCAAAUGAUUUGGCAACAGAGGGACCCUUCUCACCUUCUGAGGCCGACUUCAGGCAUGUUGGUGUUUGCAGUCACACGGAAUACCCCUGCCGCUUCCAGAAUGCUUCUGCCACCACCCAGGAGAUCAUUCCUCAUCGAGUCUUUGCCCCUGUGUGCCUCACGGGUGCCUGCCAAGAGACCCUUCUGCGGCUGAUCCCUCCUUGCCUCUCAGCAGCACAUUCUGUUCUGGGAACACACCCGUUCUCUCGGCUGGAUGUUCUCAUCGUCCCUGCCAACUUUCCAAGUCUGGGGAUGGCCAGCCCACACAUCAUGUUCCUCUCUCAGAGCAUCUUGACAGGAGGGAGCCAUCUCUGUGGGACCCGCCUCUGCCAUGAAAUUGCCCAUGCCUGGUUUGGCUUAGCCAUCGGGGCCCGAGACUGGACGGAGGAGUGGCUGAGUGAAGGCUUCGCCACUCACUUGGAGGAUGUGUUUUGGGCCACAGCACAGCAGCUGGCCCCCCAUGAGGCCUGGGAGCAGCAGGAGCUGAGGGCUUGUCUGCGUUGGCGUCGCCUCCAGGACGAGAUGCAAUGCUCCCCCGAGGAGAUGCAGGUGUUAAGACCCAGUAAAGACAAAACUGGCCACACAAGUGACUCAGGAGCAUCUGUUAUCAAGCAUGGACUUAAUCUGGAGAAGAUCUUCAUGCAGGUGCAUUAUUUAAAGGGCUACUUCCUUCUUCGGUUUCUUGCCAAAAGACUUGGAGAUGAAACCUAUUUUUCAUUUUUAAGAAAAUUUGUGCACACAUUUCAUGGACAGCUGAUUCUUUCCCAGGAUUUCCUUCAAAUGCUACUGGAGAACAUUCCAGAAGAAAAAAGGCUUGAGCUGUCUGUUGAAAACAUCUACCAAGACUGGCUUGAGAGUUCCGGAAUACCAAAGCCGCUGCAGAGGGAGCGCCGCUCCAGGGCGGAGUGCGGGCUCGCGCGGCAAGUGCGCGCCGAGGUCACGAAAUGGAUUCGAGUGAACCGGAGACCCCGAAAACGGAAGCGCAGGGAGAAAGAAGAGGUGUUUGAAAAGCUUCUUCCAGACCAGCUGGUCUUGCUUCUGGAGCAUCUCUUGGAGCAGAAGACUCUGAGCCCCCGAACUCUGCAAAGCCUCCAGAGGACAUACCACCUCCAGGAUCAGGAUGCAGAGGUUCGCCAUCGGUGGUGUGAACUCAUUGUUAAACACAAGUUCACGAAAGCCUACAAAAGUGUGGAGAGGUUCCUUCAGGAGGAUCAGGCCAUGGGUGUGUACCUCUAUGGGGAGCUGAUGGUGAGUGAGGACGCCAGACAGCAGCAGCUCGCCCGCAGGUGCUUCGAGUGGACCAAGGAGCAGAUGGAUAGGUCCUCAGCCCAGGUGGUGGCCGAAAUGUUAUUUUAACGAGUCCAGGCCUCUGUGUCUCCUGCGCCAGCGGACGGUGCCCACGGAGCUCCCAGCUGAGGUGCUGCUUCUCCGGGCUGUCGAUUGGACCCGCCCUCCGGUGCCUACUGAGCUGAUAUCAGUUCUCAUUUUACACACUGGCUCAGUUCAGCAGGAACAGGAGUCGAGCCCUUGAGCAAAAAGCCUUCGUGUCUGUAAGUGCCCGAGGCUCAGGAGAGCUGGGGCUCCCACUCGCGGCAGACAGGCCCGCGUCCACCCCGGCCCGGCGGCAGCACGGUGCCAGUCAUCUGUAUGUGCUCCUGCGGCGUGGGGAUUUGUAGACUCGGAAAACCCUGUUGGCAGAAAGUUAAGAGCUCCCAAGCCUGAAGGCGGGACACAGUGCCAGCAGGGGGGCAUUUGCCCCCAUGUGUAAGGGAGGCAGGGCCCAGCUCUCCCACGGCGAGGUGAGCUGAGACUUCUGAGAGCAGUUAGGGUGGGUGCGGGUCUGAAAUGAGUACUCCUAGCAGCUGUUGUGUACGCAAAGCCUGAGUACAGCCUGCUGGUGUCACGGCCACGUGUGAGCAGGCCAGCAUCACACGGCUUGCUGUGACCCGUCCCCGAGACUGUGAAAUGGGCCUGGGUCUCCUCCUUGUCCUGUGAUUAAAGUCCUCUCUUGAAAGUGGAGAGCAAAGGCACACAGAGGUGCGCGCUCACAAGAAUUCCUCCUGGUGACUGGGUAAUCAGUGUUACUGCUGUUUCCUUUGCAGGAAAGACCACAGCGAGAUUCUUUCAUUCGUCUCCUCCUAGCCUGGGGGACCAGGCUCGAACUGACCCUGGACAUCAAAGGAGGGAUUAUGUGGCUGCUAAAGCCAUCGGCCCACAGCCCUGUUCACGUCUUGGUGCUUCUCUUUCCCAGAGGCUGGUCCCAGCCAGGCACACACAAAAGGCAGAUUCUCGUAAAUGCAGCCUCCCUCCCUGGAGGCCGCCUCCUGCCGUGGAUCUGGAGUGAAGCUGCUAUGGGAUUUUGAGUUCUGCACAGAUGAUUAAAUAUAUCCAAGAGACAUUGGAAAACCUGCUGAACAUUUUACAUUGGUGUGCUCAGCACAUGGCUGGAUGUGGAUAUUUCUAUAAUUCCAGAAAGUCACACAGCUCCUCUGUACAAGACCAGUGGGCACCAUUUAAAAGAACGGGAUGAGAAUCUAAGAUAUAUUAUUAAUAAAUGUAAUGGAUUUUUUUUGUA